AUGCACGAUGCCGCGUUGUGUUGAAACGUCGUCGUGCGAGAAGUAUGUGCAACCCUUGGGAUCUUGAUUUCAAAUGUUGCUCUUGAUAAUAGUUGCACAACAAGUCGUCGAUAUAUAUUUAGUACCGGCAUUCCCAACCCAACAUCUAAAUGGUGAAUUUUACUGGUCUGGUAUCGAUCACCUCGAAUUACAAGUGAACCGUCGCAUCACGAUAUUGUCAUCAUAUAGGAUUCGUCGCCUAGUUUGGUAACACCAAGAGAAAACGCAGCAAUGUCUCUCUGUACAACUCUGCAGCCCGAAGAACAAGAGUCCUUGGAGUCCUCAGUCGGCAUAUCCAGCCCCGAGCUCAAACACCAAGCCUCGUUUCCCCUGAGCCAUGAGAAUGCAGAGAGGGUGGAUCCAUACGCGCAACAUCAUCUACAGGAAGGCAGGGCUGGGUGCUUCAAGGCGGCGGAGGACAGCAAGGACAGCCAAAACAAGACGGUGAAUAUUGCUGGUUCAAAGGCUGGGUGAAGCUUUUAUGAAGAGGCAAGAGGAUUGAACAGUGAUAUAUGAUUCAUGUCUAUCGUAUUCUGUUAUAGCAAUUUUGCUUCUUUACUGACAUAAAAUUUGAAACACUCA